UGUGUAAGAGGCGGCGGCGCGGCCGGGCGGGGGCACCUUGCGAGUCCAGGGGAGCGCCCGCCCUGCCCUGAGUGCGGCGGGGUGCCGGGGCAGCUCGGGCCGCCGAGCGGGGCUGGCGCCGGAGCUUUCCGGGCAGGCGGUGGGCGAGAUGGGGGCGGCGGGGCCGUGUGCGCCGAGGAGGCCUGAGCCCUGAGCCCUGCCUUGUGUAGAGCCUUGUGUCCUGCUCUACUGCCCGGGGGAGCCCGCACUGACGCGCUCCGGUGUUUGCAGCUGCACCUCCUUUGACAAAGCAGGCUUGGUCAUCAGCCGUGUGGCUUUCGUUGCCCGGGGGCUUGCUUUGUGCUCCUUCCCUCUCAAGAAACCUCCCCGAGUUGUCUUGUUACUUAACUUGCCUUGUCUUCCUGAGGCAUAAUUGUGAAAAAAAAGAAAAAAAAGUUUAAAAUCUUUAAGAGGAGACUGCUCUCAGUUACUCAGACUUGAUGGGAGCUGCCUCUUCAGUUUCUGACGAGUUGUCUGGCAGCGGCAUUGUGCGGGGCUUGUUAUUGCGUGUUUGUGUUAGCAGGGCCACCAGCUCCGGUGGAGAGCGCGCAGCUAGCCUCGAUCAAGGGAGGAGCGGGCAGGAGGCUUGGCACAGCUCACUUCUAGGGGCAAUUUAAACUGCGUAACAACUCGGCAAAGUUUGUCCGAGAAGGGAGCUAGGGUCAGGGACAAAGGCUGAGUUGUUUUCCUUCUUUAAUUAACACUGUAUUUGUUACCUUAGUAGCCAAACCUAUAUUUAAUACCGCACGAGUUAGAGACGUCAAAAGUAGCAUCUUUCCGGGGAAAAAAGUGAGUUAUGAUGACUCAUACUGUCGGCGCUCAUGUGUCAAAAUUCGGAUGCACUGCUACUGUUCAUUAUUGCUAUUUAUGCUUCAGAAUUGCAAAGGUUUCAGAAGGAGUCAAACAACAAAAUGAACAGUCAAGCUAUUAAGAGAAUAACAAAUGAAAUUAUCAAAUCACCUGAGGAUAAACGAGAAUAUCGUGGACUGGAAUUGGCAAAUGGCAUUAAAGCUCUUCUCAUUAGUGACCCCACCACCGAUAAGUCCUCAGCAGCACUUGAUGUCCACAUAGGAUCCUUAUCUGAUCCCCCCAACAUUGCUGGGCUUAGUCAUUUUUGUGAGCAUAUGUUGUUCCUGGGAACCAAGAAAUAUCCGAAAGAGAACGAGUACAGCCAAUUUCUCAGUGAGCAUGCCGGGAGCUCAAAUGCUUUCACGAGUGGUGAACAUACCAACUAUUACUUUGAUGUGUCACAUGAACAUCUAGAAGGUGCUCUGGACAGAUUUGCCCAGUUUUUCCUGUGCCCCCUGUUUGAUGAAAGUUGCAAAGAUAGGGAAGUGAAUGCUGUUGAUUCUGAGCAUGAGAAGAAUUUGAUGAAUGAUGCCUGGAGGUUAUUUCAAUUGGAGAAGGCUACUGGAAACCCCAACCAUCCCUUCAGUAAAUUUGGAACAGGGAACAAAUUCACUCUGGAAACUAGACCAACCCAAGAAGGAAUAGAUGUAAGGCAAGAGCUACUGAAGUUCCAUUCUACUUAUUAUUCAUCAAAUUUAAUGGCUAUUUGUGUCUUAGGAAGAGAAUCCUUAGAUGAGCUGACUUGCUUAGUGGUCAAGUUAUUUUCAGAAGUAGAGAAUAAAAAUGUCCCUAUACCAGAGUUUCCUGAACAUCCUUUCCAAGAAGAGCAUCUCCGGCAACUUUAUAAAGUGGUACCCAUUAAGGACAUUAGAAAUCUUUAUGUCACAUUUCCUAUACCAGACCUUCAGAAAUACUAUAAAUCAAACCCUGGCCAUUACCUUGGCCAUCUGAUUGGGCAUGAAGGCCCAGGGAGUCUUCUGUCAGAGCUUAAAGCCAAAGGGUGGGUAAAUACUCUUGUUGGAGGCCAGAAGGAAGGUGCUAGAGGUUUCAUGUUUUUCAUCAUUAAUGUGGACUUGACAGAAGAAGGACUUUUGCAUGUUGAAGAUAUUAUUUUGCACAUGUUUCAAUAUAUUCAAAAACUACGUACAGAAGGACCUCAAGAAUGGGUUUUCCAAGAGUGCAAGGAUCUAAAUGCUGUCGCAUUCAGAUUUAAAGAUAAGGAACGACCACGAGGUUACACAUCAAAGCUUGGAGGAAUGUUGCAUUAUUAUCCUAUAGAAGAAGUAUUGGCUGCUGAGUAUUUGCUUGAAGAAUUCAGGCCUGAUUUAAUAGAAAUGGUACUGGAUAAAUUGAGACCAGAAAAUGUUCGAGUUGCAAUAGUUUCCAAGUCUUUUGAAGGAAAAACUGAUCGAACGGAAGAGUGGUAUGGAACACAGUACAAGCAAGAAGCAAUUUCUGAUGAAGUUAUUAAGAAAUGGCAAAAUGCUGACCUGAAUGGGAAAUUCAAGCUUCCAAUGAAGAACGAGUUUAUUCCUACAAACUUUGAGAUUUUGCCAUUGGAAAAAGAUGCAACACAGUACCCUGCCCUUAUCAAGGAUACUGCUAUGAGCAAACUAUGGUUCAAGCAAGAUGACAAAUUUUUUUUGCCAAAAGCUUGCCUCAACUUUGAAUUUUUCAGCCCAUUUGCUUACGUGGAUCCCUUGCAUUGUAACAUGGCCUAUUUGUACCUUGAACUACUCAAAGACUCCCUCAACGAGUAUGCAUAUGCAGCAGAACUAGCUGGCUUGAACUAUGAUCUCCAAAAUACCAUCUAUGGGAUGUAUCUCUCUGUAAAAGGUUAUAACGACAAGCAACACAUCUUGCUCAAGAAGAUCAUUGAGAAAAUGGCUACUUUUGAGAUCGAUGAAAAGCGAUUUGAAAUUAUCAAGGAAGCGUACAUGAGAUCACUUAACAACUUCAGGGCUGAACAACCUCACCAGCAUGCAAUGUAUUAUCUCCGACUCCUAAUGACUGAAGUUGCUUGGACCAAAGAUGAAUUAAAAGAAGCUCUCGAUGAUGUCACCCUUCCCCGUCUCAAGGCCUUCAUAGCACAGCUGUUGUCACGGUUACACAUUGAAGCUCUUCUCCAUGGCAAUAUAACAAAACAGGCUGCAUUAGGAAUUAUGCAGAUGGUUGAGGACACUCUCAUUGAGCAUGCUCAUACAAAGCCACUCCUUCCCAGUCAGCUAGUGAGGUACAGAGAAGUGCAGCUUCCUGACAGAGGUUGGUUUGUAUAUCAACAGAGAAAUGAAGUUCAUAACAACUGUGGCAUUGAAAUAUAUUACCAGACAGACAUGCAGAGUACUUCUGAGAAUAUGUUUUUGGAGCUCUUUUGCCAGAUUAUCUCGGAGCCGUGCUUCAAUACGCUGCGCACCCAGGAGCAGCUAGGUUACAUUGUGUUCAGUGGCCCACGUCGGGCAAAUGGCAUCCAAGGACUGCGAUUUAUUAUCCAAUCUGAAAAGCCACCACACUAUUUAGAGAGCAGAGUUGAAGCGUUCUUAAAAACUAUGGAGAAAUGCAUAGAAGACAUGACAGAAGAGGCCUUCCAAAAACACAUCCAAGCUUUAGCAAUUCGUCGUCUAGACAAACCAAAGAAGCUGUCUGCAGAGUGUGCUAAAUACUGGGGAGAAAUAAUUUCCCAGCAGUAUAACUUUGACAGAGAUAACAUUGAAGUGGCUUAUCUAAAGACCCUGACCAAGGAUGACAUUAUACAGUUCUACAAGGUGCUGUUGGCAAUAGAUGCUCCCAGAAGACACAAGGUAUCAGUACAUGUGCUUGCAAGGGAAAUGGAUUCCUGCCCUGUUGUUGGAGAAUUUCCAUGCCAAAAUGAUGUGAACCUGGCACCAGCACCACCACUACCACAGCCAAGUGUGAUUGAAAAUAUGACAGAAUUCAAGCGCAGUCUGCCGCUCUUCCCCCUGGUGAAACCACAUAUCAAUUUCAUGGCUGCAAAACUGUGAAGAACCCCAAUGGAUGAAGAAAUGCAAAUGAUCAGUACUGACAUGGUUUCAGGGGACUUUGUGAUGAACAAAAUUAUUAAAGAUCAUUGGGAUAAAUGGUUCUGUUCAUUAUGAAAGUCCCGAAUUCCUUCUUGGUUCAUUUGACAUUAGCUGUGUGUUAGGGAUAGAGGGUAUAUAAAAAUCAGUUGUGGUCAUGUGUCAUUUAUAUUACAGAUAACCUGUUAAAAACCAAAAUCAACUGAAACAACAAUAAUAAUAAAAAACUUGUAGAUGCAGUAUAUUUUUAAAAUAACAUAUCCCCCUUCAGGAUUUCAUUUUGAUGAAAUAACCCUCCAGAGCAAAUGAAGUUGCUUGAAAUGUGCUUGUUACUCCUGAAAACCACCAUUUAGUAUCCCAAUAAUUACCUUAUUGGGAUUUGGAGGGGGUGAGAUAAGUAAGUCCUUUUUGGGAUGGCGUCAACAAUUUUUCUUAAAAAUAGAGACUUUCACAUUUUUUUGAAGUGACGUAUUGAAUGAUACUUUUUUAAUUGAUCCUUAAUGCAACCAACAUGUUUUCUAUUUAAGUUUUAUGAAGACCAGUGGGGCAGAAAAAAAGGAAAUUUGACAACACAGUAAUAGGUGAGAGAAUUGUCGUAAUGAGAAUAAUUGAAGAUAAGGGCAUGAUUUUAAUCUUUCUAUACAAAUUUGGGGACAUUUUAUAUUAAAACUAGUAAAAUGCUGGAAACACUUUAUUAGUGCAUCUUAUUUUUGUUACCAAAAGUGUUGUCCCAGUCUGUUGAUACUGUCAACAUCCUGUUCAGUUUUCUGGCAUUACUGUGAACUGUCCAUUUGGUAUAUCAAAUACUUUCUUUGGUGUCAUUUUUUGUUUUCAGUUGCAUAUGUGCUGAUGGAGAACUAAGUCUGUUUUGCCUCACCUGUUAUGUUGGGUCUCAGUCCAGCAAAGCACUCAUUAGUGCAAAUAACUUCAAACACACACGAGUUCUUUACUCAAGAACAGGUGCAUGUCAAAUAGGGGCUCUCUAAUGAGUCAGUUACAUCAUAUUUUGAUAUGUGUGUGGGUCCUCCUUGUCCUUCAGGAAGGUGUUUGGGACAGUGCAGUGCUGGGGUAGCAGUGCUACAGCACAGCCUGUGCUUCAGGUUACAUCACAAAGGGUUUGCUCCUGCUGCUGGGAAGAAGGCAGAACACAGAAGGAUCAAGAACUAUGCUGAAAUAAUGUUUAUAUAUAUAUAUAUAUAUAUAUAUAUAUAUAUAUAUAUAUAUGUAUAUAUAUAUAUAUUCCAUAACGUAGUAAAAUGAUAAAACAAUAUAAGGUGUCUCACCAACUUUACUGACUGACUCGUGCAGAGUGGUCUUGUGCUUGGGACAGCACUCAAAUAGGAAAGGGCAAGGAGCAUGAAGUUCUCCUGCCUCUGUAAUACAUAAAAGAGAUGGCUCUUACUCAGACAGGGGAGAGUAUGUAAAGCACUGAAGGUGUAAAUUGCUCAUCAGAGGUGUUAGUGGGAAUUUGCUUCUUACUCAAAGAGCCUGCACGUAAUGCCCUGAUGUGACAGGCAUGUGUGUCAAACAUCAGAAUCCUGGUAUAGUCAAUAGGGCUGUUCUGUGAUUGAAUCAAUGCUGGUUCUUACAUUGGCUCUGAGGCCAAACUAAAUGAAUGCUUGACAGGGAAAGGGCCUUAAGUUGGGUUUGGGAGUCUCUUCUAACUGAAUAAAUAUGGUGCAUUUAAAAGUUUUUUCAGAGGUUAAUGGUACAUGUUUCAGUAUCUUUUUAAUAAAUUUGGUGAGAGUUUGUGAUGUAACCUGUUGCCAAGGAAGGCCACUAGCAUCUUUUUUUAGCCUGAUGAAGAGAAAAAAAAAUAAAUACAGUCUAAACAAAACCAGUAAAGAUGUUUCUGCUCACAUUUUUCAUGGAUCCUUCUCAUGAGGUUUUUUGCCCUCUUGCAUUUCACUUUUGUUUAUAGUUUUCCUUUAGUAAAGGUAUUUGUAUUAUAUAUAUUAAAAAUUUUGACAACAUAUUAUAAAAAUAUAUAUUUUGGGAUUUAGUAUUUAAACAUACCACUCUUAUGGUGAAUAUAAUGAAAUGGCUCCUAUUGUGUGUAAAAAUAAAUAUAUAUAUAUUCAUGGAAGUACUAUCAACUCUUAACAGAUUAUAUAAAUAAAUUGGAAUAGUAGUAUAUCUAACACAAGCUCACAAAUCAUGUUUUCCAGAGGAAAAAAAUGUAUACCCUCAAAGUUCUGUGACUGGAUGUGGAAACCCAUGUAGUUUUCCAACAACUCAUAAGUGUUCUCCAGCAUUUUACAGUUUCUGAGUUUGAUAUAGCAGUAAAUUUUGAUAAACUCAGGCAUACUAAUGGGUUCAUUUUAAUGGAUCCAAAGCUGCAGUGUCUACAAGCAAUAAAGAACUACCUAGAAUACACUGUAAUUCAAUUUUAGUGCUUGUUAAUUAGUUUAUGUAAGAAACCAUAAAUUAUUAUUACAUAACUGUAAUUUUUGCAAGUGCUAUUUUAAGCAGUUGAUGUGGAAUUGGGUGCAUGUGACACAGCCAGUAUGACAGAGUGCUAGAGUUAUUCUGUUUACAAUAAACAAUCUGAAUUUAAUGUUUGGAGUUCUUAAUUCGUUUCAUUUUAAUUUUUGCAUACUGGUAAUGUUACAUCUAUCAGUCUGUGCAUGUUUUUUAUUAGACAUUAAGUGGGGUUUUCUUCUAUCCAGCUGGACUAGUUUAGGCCAAAUAGCACUGCUGCAAAAGUGCUCCCAGGCACUUGGGGAGUUUCAGAGGACUUCCCCAUGUGGCAUCCCCCACCUCUUAGGUAAAUCCACCUCUUUUGCCCUCUAAGUGUAUGAAAAACUUAGUAAUGUAAAGGUAGAAAUAUUUGCACAAGACAGAAUUUUAAUUAUCAAAUCUGAAACUGUAAAUGUAGGGCAUGGCUGUAGCCAGACUGAAUCUUGCCUAGUGCAGCUUUACAGUGUUGCUUUGGAGAAAUUACUUUGCCUGGUCAUUUUCUUUGUUCUAUGCACACCAGAAGACUACGUUUCAGAUGGUGAGGAGUGUGUGAUUGUUCAAGUAGUAAAUAAUGUCAAUUCUGACAACAUAAAGAUAACAAGUCUGAGGGGACUCCUUGAAGUAAUACAUGACAGUGAGCAGCAUUAAGAGAGACAGGUUUUGUCCUUGGCACUGGGAAGACUGGCUGGUACUCUCAGGGGAGAAGGAAAUUCCAGCAGCCCACCUGGAAAAUCACUUGUCCCCAACACCAGGGCUUUGUCCACUCCAGUUGUUAGGGGUUGGUGUAAAUCUUGACUUACUGACUUUACUGUCUUGUAAAAAAUCAAGCUAUCCAAGUUUACUUUAACUAAUGCUAUUAGCCAUAAAAGAAUGCUUGAGCUUGUUCAAGGUUAUUGAAGUGCUUGGAUACGAGCAGCCCUUAUUGAUAACAUGUUCCACAGUGUAAUCAUAGCAUCUGGAAAAGUAUUACACAGCUUUUUAACUUCAUUUAUUGUUAUUUAGCUCUUGUUUUAAAACAGGAUCAGCAGAAUUUUACCUUUUCUUGCCUACUUAACUGGUUAGUGUGCUUUUACUGUAGGUCUGCUGUCAAGUUGAAAAACAUUAUCUUUUACAUUUGUGUACAUUUUUCCCAUGUUCUUUUGGAUGACUAUUGAGCUGACAUGGUCAUCCACAGUGACACUGGGGCCUUUGCUUGAGCUCUUACCUAACAUGAUAUUCAAAUCCAGCUCUGAAAUAUUUGGUUUGCAAGUCAGUUUUUAAUAUUGCUGCUAGUACAAGGCACCUCUGGGUAUUUUAAAGCCAGAAGAGAUCAGAAAGUCAGGCACCUUUUGUACCUUGGAAUUUUAAAAGAAGCCUGGCUUAUACAGAUUCUGCUGAAAGGCUUUUAUUUGAAACAUUUCUAUUUACCAUUCAAAGAAUAUAAGUUACAGUAUGUGUUGUGGGUGGAAUAUAAUGGUAAUAGUGGGUGAAAUUUGAAUUGCAGUUCAAAGGAGCAAAGUGUAUAUGGCCUAAGGCCCAGGAGAUUGUCACAAUUAAAUCAACUUAUUUGAACUAGCAUCUAAACAGAAUUUAAGAAAAAUAUUUAUGGCUUUCUAAAUUAACAUUUCUAAGCUCAAGUGCAGCAUUAAAGGAUGUAGGCAUUGAUGAGCAUUUGCCACUGUUAUUUUUUUAAGACUGUCUUUAGUGGUGCAGUGCAGAAUUCCCAAUUAAAUUCCUUGACUGUGCAAUGGGUAGGGGAAUGGAUGGGAUCGCUCCAAGUGCAAGGAAGUGACCAGGCUUAGCCUUUGGGAAACUCCAGAGAGAGGCAUCCAAGUUUAAAUCCUACAUCUUUCUGACGAUUUGCCACCGCUUUACUGGGCUGUAGAUGUGCUUCCUUCUGCAUCAGAUUUCUAUUACAGACUUUCGCUGUCUGCUCAGCUUCCUUUUCAUAAAGGGGAGCAAGGAGUUGUGUUACUUCUCCAGUGACUACCAAAGGCAUGUAAAAUUUUACUGGAGCAGCAGCUGGAACUCAGGACCCUUUCCAGCCCUCCCCUCCACCUGUACACAGAACUGGGUGUCCUGUGGUACGUGUGGGCUCAAACACACAUCUGCUCUGGUGGGGAACACUUACAGAAUCAGCUCAGGUUCCACGAGGGGAGGGAGGAGGUCCUCAGCCUAUGUUAGUAACCUGGAAAGUGGGAAGAACAGGCUAGGGAAGAAUCUAAUAGAAAAUGGAAAUGAGGUUGCUGUUUUGGUAACUUCAGCUAACCACUGUGUUGUGUAUAGAAGAGCAUAUGUUUAAUAUGAAGUCUCUUGUAAAGGAUGGACUCCUGUGAUGGCAGAGAAGGAAGAACUAUUUGUGAGUUCCAGGCAGAUGCAGGAAACCAAUACUAGUGUAUUUUACGUGGUUAAGGCUGAGUAAUUUCAGAGCAUGUGCACAAACGGUAUUUUGGGGCAUUUAAUGUAGAAAAUCUGGGUGUGCAAAUGUCAGUGAAAAGGCAGCCCUUUGAAGAUGUAAAUUUUAGGUGUGAUGCCUUUUACAGAGAUGUACAGGGUGUGUACAGAGAUCUUAGAAAUUUCCUGAGUAGUACAAAAAGUGGUGCACUUGACAAGGCAAUGUUGGAACUAGUUUAAAACACCAGAAAUACAUAAACAUUUCACAGUAAUAGCGCUCAAAAAUGAUUCAUUUAGUCUUUUUUUAAACUUUCCAGCUGGCUUUGGAAUGAAGUUUAGCAGGACAAAUUUCAACCCAAACAAUUAUUUGUACAUGUAUGUGAAAGCCAGGGAAGUUCAGUGCUCUGGAGUCAGUCAGCUGUCAAAAAGUUCAGCACCUCCUCACUUUAUCCCAUUGUCAUUACAGUAACUUUCAGCCUGCUAACAGUUCUGCAGGGCCUAAGGCAUAGAAGUGGUUUUUAACAACAAAUUUUUUAGAACCCAUUAGUCCAAGUGAGGUUAUUUGUUUUGACUGGGAGAUACCCAUAUCAUUCACUGGCACAUACCUCUUAAGGGGGAAGUUUCAAGAGUCUGAAAAAAAUCUAUGCAAAUAAUUGUGUUCACAGAUUAUUUCCAGAUAAGAUUGUAGGAAGAGAAAGUAAUAGUGACAAUUCUGUGGCAUUAAAUGUAUUUUAGGAACACAGGAAUCUGUAUGUAUAACUGGAUUGUCAUCUCCACGAGCUGAUUGUUUAGUUCUGCUACUCUGUGUGUCACCUUCAAAGGCAGAGAUGGCCGCUGCUCACCUCACCCUGCGUGACAUCUCCCUGGCCAAGGUGAGGUGAGCAGACACUGCCAUUGUCACACAAGCCCAAAGUGUCACUGGUGUCCCUUUAGCACUGGCAUGCACUCUGUGCAGCCAGCAUGCGUGUGCCCUAGGAUAUUUUUUCUGUGAUUAGGAGUUUGUCUUCUAAUGCUGGGAAGCUUUAUCCAUGAAGUUAAACAAAGAUGGCACCUACAGUAUGUCCAAGCCUGGAGAGCCACCCUGGGCUGCUACUGGAGCUCAGCAAAGUGGGAGAUUUAAGCAAGUAAAACAAUUGCAGAAAUAAUUUGAAAGCAGGUGCUACUCAACUGCAGCAGGAGACAUCUGCUGAUGUAUGCACAACAUGAUUCUAUUGCUGUGAAUAAGCUAACAAAAAUGUACCUUAUGCAGCCUUUCCCUGGAAGUAGGAAGAGUAGAAUAUUUAAGAGUGGAAUAGCUUGUAGGCUCUGUGUAACUUGAAGAGUGCAUAUAUAAAGAAUGCUUGUAGUUUGGAUUGUCCACUUGAAUUUAAAUGUCAGUUAUUGUUAGUUUAAAGAUGCUAUGAAUGUGAAAAUGCAAAAGAUUGUAUUAAGCUCAGUGUAUACAAAGUGUAAGUGUGAGUUGGGGUGCUGGCCCACACUGUGAGCCACUUCAUAAAAAUGAUGUUGAAAUGGAAGAUAAUGCAUAUGAGUUGCAUGCCAUUUUGCACUUCUUGUCUGAUAACCAUAUCUGUCUGUCGUGUCAUUGUGUAAAAAUUACAAUUCUUGGGAAAAGGUAUGAUGUUACUGUGUGAACUACCAAUGCACAACUGUGGUGCUGUACAGCUGAUAAUAUGUGUUAGGCUUUUUAUAAGUGUUGAAUUGAGUAACUUAGAGUGAAGAAAAGACCUUAAUUUCAGGACAGCUUGUAGUGUCUAAACAGUCCGAAGUUUCUUUGAAAGCAACAGAAUAAAAUUAUCAGAAUUUCUCAUUGAUUUUAUUAGCUCCACAUUUUCCACCCAACAGACACCAAAAAAAAAAAAGCAGUUGAGAUAAUUGAUAACUAAAUCCUUAAGCUGGCCUGACAGCUGGACUAAAUGUGUUGCCUUGUAGUCUAUUGAUACCCCUAGAUGAUGAAAUAUACAUAUCUUAACAAUGAUUUUGGCAUAAACUCUUGGCUAGUCAUUUUAAAUAAUCUUAAAUACUUCUUGAAUAGCUAAUAGUCCUGGAAGUCUUGCAACAUUCAUGUUUUUGUUUUGAUCUGAGAUCCAGUUACAGGAUAUUUUAUGCAGUGUAUAUAUAUAUAUAUAUAUACAGGAUAUACAGAAAUAUUACACAGGUAUCUAUGUAUAUAGAUACAUUCUUUCUUGUAUAGAAAUCAUAGUCCCAUAGUUUCACAGAUUGUUAGACUGAGCUUUAAUUUGGCAAUGGUACCUCAGAGAUCUGUGACAGAGAUCUGUGUCACAAAGAUGCCAGAGGAGCUGCCUUGCUAAUCCCCUGGAGCCACCAUACACCAUGCAAGCAAAACAAUAACGUCUGUCUACUUCUGUGAAGUGUGUGUUUGUAGUGUAAUGAAUCUGACACUUUUUCUUAAGCUGAAGUAAAAAUUAUACCUUCUCAAAACUGUGUGGAAAGAUUUAAUAGAUCUAGUUGACCAGCAGCUCAGCAGAAGCAAUUGUUCUGAAAAUGGAAUGCAGCUCAAAAUCAAAGCCAAGUGUCAAUUCAUGUGUAUAAAAUAAAGAUGAUAAGAGAUAGCACAGUCAGUAUUCUGCUUAGGCUAGUGGUAAUUUCUGGUGCACUGAACAUGCUGAGGUGCCCCCAGCAGCCAUACCAGAAAUGUCCUGGCAACACCGUGCACAGUCCCGGGGCUCUGGUGUUGCAGGAGGGAGUGCCCCGUUCGGGGAGCUGUAAAGAGAGUGGAGAGCACUACAGUACCCACAGAGAGAGCCACAGCAGCUCGGCGCUAUUUGUGAUGUUUCCUACUGGUCCUGAAAGUGAGAAUGGCCAAAGCUAUCAGGAGAGGCGAGCGAUCCUGCCUUUACUGGCCCCGGCAAUCUCGGAUGCUUUGGGCAAGUGUGAAGUUCUGUUCUUGAGCAGCAACUGCAUCGAAUCACAUCUCCUUACUCAACAGGUCUUUCCUUUGGUUUGAUUUAAUGUUACGUGUUACUACCUUUUUCUUGUCAAAAAGGAAGUUUAAUAUAUCUCCUCUUUUGCAGUAUUUACAGUGCAUUAUUUAUAGUGCAUUAAUCAGUGCUAUUUCCAACCAGUUACCUGUGUCUAAGGUAAUGGAUGUGCAUAAGUAUUUGAAAUGGCUCGUCACAUCCAGUUCUUCAUCUUUGAAAUGAACAACAGAGCUGGGUGUUUUAUUUAUGGUGAUGCACGAGAGUGAAAGUCCUGAAGUAUGAAUUUUUGGGUCAUUUGGUGAGUCUUUAGAGCUGGCACUUCCCAAAAUAUUUUUGAAAGUCAAGUAGAAGUGGACAGUAAAUUUUGAACUCUUUAGUGCCGUUUUUAUAGUAAUAAAUAAAAGGAGCAGGACUGUAGGCUUAAAUUUUCAGAGGAAUGUGCAAGUUCAUGAUGUAGUUGUACAUAUUCAAUAAUUAGUUCCUGCUGUUUGACCAGGCUAGGUUUAGGGAAGACUAAGAAAGGAAGAAUUAACUUUUUGGGGUUGGGUUUUUUCUUUUGUUAUAUUUUCUCAUCUGUUUCAAAGUUCAAAGUAUGCUAUGCAAGAAAAUAAGUAAAAUUCAAUAUCUUAAUUUUUAGAAAGUGUAAAGUUUUUAAACAGGUAUAUUUUAAUUUUUUAAUGAGAAGCUUAAUUUCUGUUGCUUGGAGAACAGCAUACACUUCAGAGUAAAAAGGUCAGCCUAAAUGAUGUACCAUGAAACAAGAAGCUUUUGUGGUACCUUCCUUUCACACUGUAAUUAAAAUUCUUCUUGGUGCUAUACGACACAAGGUUUGCUGUUCUUCCCUGUAACAAUGUGAAGAGUUGUGCAUCUCACCGUUAUGCAUGAAAAUUAUUUCCUUCGUUCUGCAGACAAAAAUUGUGUUUGUACGAUUCUACAGAUAAAAACCCAGACGGAACUUUGAAUGCUUAAUCAGAGAAAAUAAAUCACUUUUAAAUCGCA